CAUUACGGAGAUCCACUUUUGGUAUUGUUGAGCUGUCCAGCGAGUGAGGAGGGGUAAAGAUCAUCAAGAGCGAUUCAAGACAAUUGGAGAACGAAAGCGAGCGACCGAUGGCAUUUUCCAUCUUGACACUUUCCAAAUUUCCUUUCCCUGAUAGCUGGAUGGGCGGAACAUCUGCCAUAAAUUUGCAUCAUGACUGUCACCGUGAAAUCAAUGUCGAAUGGUCAUCGCUCGGCGGAACCCCCUCUUGAUCACGAUUUCCACAACGCUUGGGGCACUAUUUAUUCCAACAGUGGAUUCAGAAACGACGACCGCACUCGCCAAAUAUGGGAAGAGUACACUGUGAACCCUGUCAGAGUUGAACAACAGUAUCACGUUCUUCUAAACGAGUAUACCGACAAGUUUCAGUCCUUUUUCCAGGGAUACUGGCCCAUCACGUUCCACGCGCAUGUCAGUGAUGUGCUCAUACCAACGACAAUAGCCAGCCUCAUACUCAAUACGGCUUCGACCUGUCCAUUGGUCGUGGAGGAUCCGGCACUAUCGCCAUUGCUCAAGGAUGAUCCCGAACCAGAAAAGGUUCAUCAAUUUGUUCGGGACCUUCUAGGCUGGACCGAUGUCCAUAUCACAUCGCCAAAACUGGCCAUCGUCGAUGGAAUUUAUGGCUGCGCCUAUGGACCCCUCGCCCACUCAUCCGAUGAGUGGGAGUAUAAGAUCAUUGGAUCGGGUCCUGAAGCCAUCCACAUAGGUCGAAGUGACUUUUCGUCAGAGGAUGCAUUGCUGAAAAAACUCAUUGCGGCCAAAAAGGAUGGUUGUGUCGCGGUGGUAAGCGAUCUAGUGAAUGCCUCAGACGGAUCAGUCUUCCCUCCCGAAUCCUUUCGUCUCCUACGCUCCUGCUGUGACCAAGCACGUAUAUGCCUCCUCGUGGACGAAGCAAUGACCGCGAUCCGAUGUGGAGCGCCUCUAGUCUCUCAAAGACCAGAGUAUUUUGAAGACGGGACUCUUCAGCCUGACAUGGUCGCCUUUGGUAAAGGGAUGGGCAUCAGCGGCGUUGCAAUUAACUUCAAUGGCCUGAUGAUGCGACACCUCGCUUUUCAUAAGCAGGAACUGAUUCGCCAGUCAAUUAGAUUCUGGCGGUCUAUGGUCACGAGGCCCAUUGCCACGCCAGUGCUAAUCGAGGCCCUUGGGAUUCUAAAUUUGGCCCAGGCAGAGGGUUGGCCGGAAAGAAGUGAGCAAAUUGGAAAGGCGUUUCGAGAGUUCAUCCUUCGCCUUGCUGGCAAUGAUGGUCACGGAAAAGAGAUUAUACGAGGUUUAGGCGCAUUCAUCGCCGUAGAUCGUGAGAUCUCCAAGAAAUUCAACGUCAUGGCAGCAUUUCGCAGACGAAGUUCUUGGGCGCGGUGGAUCCCAAAGCUCAACAGUGCUGCUGCUGUUGAUCAUCAAGCGAUUGAGAGGUAUUUGGUCGGUAUUGAGGCUAAGCCUCUUCGGCGGGCUCUGACUGAAGAGGCACUGAAGCAGGGAACCAAACCGCUCUGGUGUUGGGUCUGCGGGAUUGACGCGAUUGUAGAAGAUUGGUGCCGAACUUGCUUUUUGGGAUACUGUGGCACUGAAGCAUGUGCACAAUUCUUCCACGCACAUAAUUGUCUCUAG